AUGGCUCUGUUGAAGUUGAUUGCCGUGAUUGGUAUGGUGCUACUGGCUACCAACAACAGUUUCGUCCUUGGCGCAGGAGUUGCUACGCGGGCCUGCUCUGACAAUCGUCCCAGGCCAACCGAGGUACGCGUUGAGGGCUGCACCGUUCCACCGUGCGAUUUGGUGCGCGGCUCGGACGCCAACAUGGACAUGGACUUUAUGGCACCGUUUGCGGCGACCAGUCUGCACACGAGAGUAGUGGCAACCGCGCUUGGAGUCACGGCUCCCUUCGACCUUCCGGCAGAUCGCGCUGCGGCCUGCAACUGGCUCCUGAACGCCGAGUGCCCCGUUAGCGCCGGCGAGGACAUUACCUACCGCUUGAGCAUGCCUGUUCUAUUGAUUUACCCCCGUGUGAGCCUUUCCAUCGAAAUCGAUCUGGUGGACCCUAGCGGCCAAUCGUUGGCGUGCUUCAUCCUCGACGCACGUGUCGUUUCCUCUCGUCGCGUCUAA